GGGGCAGUAAAGGAAGAGCAUUGGCUGUUCUUUUUUUUUUCAACCUCUUAAAAACAUGGCUGCGCCCUUGGUUCUGAGACGGGAUUUAUUCUCUUUAGCCAGAAUACUGGGUGGAAUUUCACAGUUGGGACCAAGAUGUUUGAGCGCUUGUUCCAGUCACAGGAAAUGCAAUCAAACUCGGUUCCAACCCCUGCAAACAUCCAGCACUUUCUUCCACACAGCCACAUAUUUAUCUUCAACACCUUCAUCAAUCACCGUGACAGAUGAGCCCGACACGCUCUUCCAGAAGGUGGUUGUUCUGGUCAAGGCCCAUGACAGAGCUGUGUUGGACAGCUACGAGUUCUUCGCCACCAUGGCGGCUAAAGAGCUGGGCAUCGCUAUGGGCAAAGUCUUUGAACCUCCCAAGGACAUAGAGAGGCUGACACUCCUGAAGUCGGUGCACAUCUACAAGAAACACAGGGUUCAGUAUGAGAUGAGAACACACUACCGCUGUAUUGAGCUACUGCAUAUUACCGGCUCCACAGCACAAGUGUACCUUGAAUAUAUCCAGAGGAACCUCCCUGAAGGUGUAGCUAUGGAGGUGACAAAGACGUCUAUGGAGAAGAUUCCCGAUCAUAUCCUUGAACCCAUGUGGAAAGACCUCCCUAUUGAUGACAAAUCCAGUAAAUAGGUCAUCUAUGGGAUUUUCUUUGAUUACUGAACUCCUGCUUCAUGUUUUGGGAUCAUUUAUUAAUCUGUUAAACACGUGUUACUCUGUGUGUAAACAUGUAUUUCUAAGUAAAGCGCUGCGUUAAACCUUA